GCGCCUGCGCAGAAUAAAAGAACCGUUAGCUGUCAGAAAGAAUAUCGGAUCCGGAGACCUGAGCGUCAAACCGAGCGGAACCGAGCAGAACCAAGCAGAACCGGGGCACACCGGACUCGGCACCGAACCCCAGUCUGGGGUUGUGGCCAGUACAGUAGUGAGACUGUCACGAAACCGAGCCGAAUUACCGAACUGUAAAAAGAGGUGUCUUUCCUCUCAAGCAAGUCAGAACCGAACUGCGCCGGCGGUGCAAACUCAGCGAUACCGAGCCUCGACCUGGGCCAACGGUAACCGAGAGCGUUCUUACCCGAAAGCCGUAACGGUAAACCGAGCUCAUUACCCAGAACUGAACCGGGUGUGACCGAAUCUUCCAGGGAGCUCAGUCUAUCCCGAACCAGGACAGUGACAGCAUCUCUCGAAGUUCUGGUUAGGAGAUCCCGAACCGAGGACUGCAGGAAUCUUUUUAAAGAACCCGAACCACAAUAAACAACGCUGACUGACUGAGAAGAUAAUUGAUUUAGCGGGUAUUAUUAUAUUAUCGAGAGCCUGAAUGGUUUGAAUCAGCCCUGAAGACCCGUUUCCUCCUUGACUCGCACACUCCCCGGCUGUGUCGCCAUGGGUAACCAGGGGAUGGAGGACCUGAUCCCGCUGGUGAACCGGCUGCAGGACGCGUUCAGCUUUAUCGGGCAGAGCUGCAACCUCGACCUGCCGCAGAUCGCUGUGGUGGGCGGGCAGAGCGCCGGUAAGAGCUCGGUGCUGGAGAACUUCGUAGGCAGGGACUUCCUGCCCCGGGGCUCCGGCAUCGUCACCAGGAGGCCUCUGGUCCUGCAGCUCAUCAGCGCCACCACAGAGCAUGCAGAGUUCCUGCACUGCAAGGGGAAGAAGUUCACUGACUUCGAUGAAGUGCGACAAGAGAUCGAGGCAGAGACUGACCGCGUCACUGGAGUCAACAAGGGCAUCUCUCCCGUCCCCAUCAACUUGCGAGUGUACUCUCCACAUGUGCUGAAUCUGACCCUCAUCGACCUGCCUGGCAUCACCAAGGUGCCUGUCGGGGACCAGCCCCCCGAUAUCGAGUACCAGAUCCGGGACAUGCUCAUGCAGUUCAUCUGCCGAGAGAACUGCCUCAUCCUGGCAGUGACCCCCGCCAACACCGACCUGGCCAACUCCGACGCGCUCAAACUGGCCAAGGACGUGGACCCCCAGGGCCAGCCGCACGUCGGGGUGAUCACCAAGCUGGACCUGAUGGACGAGGGGACCGACGCACGGGACAUUCUGGAGAACAAGCUGCUGCCACUGCGGAGAGGGUACAUCGGCGUGGUGAACCGCAGUCAGAAGGAUAUCGAAGGGAAGAAGGACAUCAAGACGGCUCUGGCUGCGGAGAGGAAGUUCUUCCUGUCUCACCCGGGGUACCGGCACUUGGCCGACAGCAUGGGCACGUGACCAUCCAAUGCCGUGGAACCGGCUCAACUGACCAAUCAUAUCCGCGACACACUGCCAGCGUUCCGCAGCAAACUGCAGGCUCAGCUGCUCUCCCUGGACAAGGAGGCGGAGGAGUACCGGCAGUUCAGACCUGAUGACCCUUCACGCAAGACCAAGGCACUGCUGCAGAUGGUGCAGCAGUUCUCUGUGGAUUUUGAGAAGCGGAUCGAGGGUUCGGGGGACCAGGUCGACACGCUGGAGCUGUCCGGGGGAGCCAAGAUCAACCGCAUCUUCCACGAGCGCUUCCCCUUCGAGCUGGUCAAGAUGGAGUUUGAUGAGAAGGAUCUGCGCAGAGAGAUCAGCUAUGCCAUCAAAAACAUCCACGAAAUCAGGUUGGGUUCUCUGUCCUUCUUCACUCCAGACAUGGCGUUUGAGGCGAUUGUGAAGAAGCAGAUAGUGAAGCUGAAGGAGCCGUGCCUCAAGUGUGUGGACAUGGUGAUCCAGGAGCUCAUCAGCACAGUGCGGCAGUGCACCAUCAAGCUCGGGACAUUCCCUCUGCUGAGAGAGGAGACGGAGCGCAUCGUGACGACUCACAUCCGGGACAGGGAGAGCAGAGCCAAGGACCAGGUAGAGAGCUGCUCCACAAACCCACCCCCUCCCUCACUCGAGCUCGGAUACCCCCUGGGUCACUCCCUCCGGAGGGGAUCCUCGGAGGGGGAAGGGGUCCUCGGGUGGCAUCAGUAUCCUUGUUUGGGUGGGGAGACGGGAGGCUCUUUACCCCCCUCGAGGGAGUGUGCCCAGCAGAGGAGCAGUCAGACGAGUAAGAAGAGUUGUGCUGGUAAUCAGGUGAUUCGGAAGGGCUGGUUGACCAUCAACAACAUCAGCAUCAUCAAGGGCGGAGCCAAGGAGUACUGGUUCGUGCUGACCGCCGAGAGCCUGUCCUGGUUCAGGGAUGACGAGGAGAAGGAGAAGAAAUACAUGCUGCCCCUGGACAAUCUGAAGGUGCGAGACGUGGAGAAGGGCUUCAUGUCCAGUAAGCACAUCAUCGCCAUCUUCAACACAGAGCAGAGGAAUGUUUACAAGGACUAUCGCUACCUGGAGCUGGCCUGUGACUCCCAUGAAGAGGUGGAUAGCUGGAAGGCUUCUCUGCUGCGAGCUGGAGUCUACCCUGAGAAACCCUCUGUGGACAGCGAUGACUCAGGCCCCUCUGAUAAUUUCUCCAUGGACCCCCAGCUGGAGCGGCAGGUGGAGACCAUCAGAAACCUGGUUGACUCUUACAUGGCCAUCGUCAACAAGUGCAUCAGGGACCUCAUGCCAAAGACCAUCAUGCACCUCAUGAUCAGCAACGUGAAGGAGUUCAUCAACGCGGAGCUGCUGGCCCAACUAUACUCCACGGAGGAUCAGAGCGUGCUGAUGGACGAGUCCGCAGAGCAGGCACAGCGCCGGGACGAGGUCCUGCGCACUCACCACGCCCUGAAGGAGGCACUAGCAAUCAUCGGAGACAUCUCCACCACCACCAUCUCCACACCACUGCCCCCCCCCAUCGACAGCUCCUGGCAGGGGGGCCGUAGAGGACCCCCUGGGGCCUCCGAGAGGAAGGGUGGGAGAAGGAAGUGUGGCGAGAGGAAGAGAGUGGUAGUGAGCGAGAGGGGAGAGAGGAGUGAGAGAGUCUCAGUGGGGGAGACUCCCCCCCUCUGGCCUCCAAUGCCAGAGGAGGAGAGUUUGCUGUCCUCCCUCCGUGGGGGCGCCUGUCUCCACCCUCUCUUCCCCAACCCUCUCCUGCUCCUUCUCUCCCCAUCACUCGCUCUCCCCAGCCGGCCCAACCGCGCCCCCCCCAGCAUUCCCAGCCGCCGGCCGCCUCCCUCUCCCACCAGACCCACCAUAAUCCGGCCGGGAGACUCGUCCCUCUUUGACUGAAACACAAGCUCUGCCCACCAGCUCCCUCUGCUAACCAUGCAUGCCCUGCCUCCCAGUAUAGCGUCCGUGCCUCCCAGUGUAGCGGCCCCCUGGCUGGUGUACUCGUAGCCCUGCCUCCCAGUGUAGCGGCCCCCUGGCUAGUGUACUCGUAGCCCUGGCUGUGCACGUGAUGUGUCCCUGCAGUCUCUGUGCUGUGUGCCGUUCUAUUCACAGUCCCGCUGUGUGAAGCAGACUGGGUGCAGCUGAGCUGAGAGGCUGCAGCUGGGUGCUAGAGCUUUUGGUGUUGCAUGCCUAGGAAAGAUGUACAGUAACUCAAACAUUAUAUACUCAACAGAGCCUGAGGGGCUGCUAUGUAUUGUACAAUUCUAUUGUGGCAUGUGCGUGUGUGUGCGUGUGCGUGCAGGUGUGUUGAUGUCGACGGCUCUCGUAUCCGGCCACACUGCCGGGCUGUAGACCCUUUCAGACCAUUCGCCUCUCACCCCACUCGGUGUGCAGAGUAAGGCUGUGAGCAGCGAGGAUGGAUCUGCCCGGGGGGGCGCCCCUCGCCCUGUGCCUCCCUGGCUGCCCCUCAGCCCUGCUGCUCAGCCUCACCUUCUACUGGCCUAAUAUGCCAUUGCCAGUCAAUAAAUAUAGAAGGUGUGUGAGGGGUUCAGAGCUCCUUGCUGUCGUGUUGUCCUGUUUGGGGGGGUGUGUGGGGUUCAGAGCUGCUUGCUGUCAUGUUGUCCUGUUUGGGUGUGUGUGUGUGUGGGGUUCAG